AUGGCGCCCACCCAGACGGUGCAUCACCAUCGCUCCACAACCAAGAAACCCAACAAGUCGUUUAAGACCCGACAUGCUUCCAAGGGCGCUUUGAAGGAAUUAGACAAAGGGAAAGUCGAACGAAGCGAGCGGGGCUCGCGCAAGACCCCUCACCAACAGCUUAUGUCGAGGCUUGAUCGGAGGAACCAGGCCCGUCAGAAACAGCAGCUGAAGCACAAGGAAAAGGCGGAGGCCGUUAGUAUAUUCUCCGGUCAGAAUGGUGCUCCCCGCCAUGUCGCCAUCGUUCCUCUCUCGGUCGACAUCGACGUCGCUGCCGUCAUCAGUUCUUUGAACGAGAGUGUCGACGUUUCCGCCGAUGUUUCUCCAGAUUCUCCAUCUCGGGUGCGCGUGGAUCGUUUCCGCCAAACUCUGCAAUAUAUCCCUGCGAAAUAUGAUCUUAUGAACGCUUUGGAUGUGUGCCGGAUGGCGGAUUUUGUCAUGCUCGUGAUCUCCGCUCAGUUUGAGGUAGAGGAGCAGGGGGAAUUAUUGCUUAGGUCUAUUGAGGGCCAAGGUAUCUCGAACGUGAUUUGUGUAGCUCAGGGCCUCGAUAAAAUUAACCCUCCCAAGAAACGCCCCCAAGUUUCCGCUUCCUUAAAGUCCUUUGUGAAUCAUUUCUUUCCCUCUGUGGAUAAGGUUCUAUCUGUGGAUUCUAGACAGGAAUGUUCGAAUGCCAUUCGAUCGCUCUGUACGGCGACUCCCAAGGGUGUUCGCUGGCGUGAUGAGCGUAGCUGGAUGCUCGUUGAGAACGUGAACUGGCCCGAGGAUAAUUCCGAGGUGGUGGAUAAUGUCAUAUUGACCGGUGUUGUACGGGGUAGAGGCCUGAAAGCCGAUCGUUUGGUUCAUAUUCCCGGCUGGGGCGAUUUCCAGAUCGACUCUAUUAGCGCGGCACCUUUGCCUACCGGCCGAGCGAAGCGCGAUGACGCCAUGAAUGUUGAUGGGAACGACUCUACUCAAGUCCUGGAAGUUCCUACUGGGGACCGCGAUGAUUUAGAUAUUGUUGCACCGGAAGAGAUUGAAAUGGAGGACGAGAAUAUCUCUAUAGCCGAGACUGUGCGCAAGGGUGUCCUCCUGGACGAACAUCAUUACUUCUCCGAUGAUGAAUCUCACAUUCCCGCAAAGCCAAAGAAACUACCCAAGGGAACAUCUGAAUACCAAUCGGCAUGGUUCAUAGAUGACAUUUCUUACUCUGGGUCAGAUAUGGAGUCUGAAGAUGAGGACGAGGAGAUGGAUAUGGACACCACUGGAGCCCCUGAAGAUGGUGUAUUCCCAGACCACAACGAUGCUAUGACUGAAGCUGGUGCUACUGAGUAUCCUCAGUCAGAAAUGUUUGUUGACCGGCCGCUGGAGGACGAAACACAGCAGUUAGAGGAAUACCGGGCAAGCCGCCGAAAGGAGGCAAGUGAUGACCUUGAAUUCCCGGACGAAAUCGAGUUGCACCCGAAUGUUCUGGCCAGAGAGCGUCUGGCACGAUUUAGAGGAUUGAAGAAUUUCAAGACCAGCCCAUGGGAGACAUCGGAGGAUCGCCCCCACGAACCGGAAGAUUGGCGCCGACUCCUUCAGAUUGCAGACUACAAGGGUUCAAAGAACAAGACUAUUGCAGAAGCCCUUGUCGGUGGUGUCAGUCCUGGAACGCGUGUGGACGUCCAUCUUCGUGCUGUCCCGGCUACCCUUCGUAAUAAGCCUCAGCCACUGUCUGUGUUUUCAUUGCUUCGCCACGAGCACAAGCACACCGUAGUCAAUGUCAAUUUGACCCUGAACACUAGUGUUGAAGAGCCUCUGAAGUCAAAGGAAGAGCUGAUCAUACAGUGCGGACCUCGCCGUUUGGUAGUCAAUCCUAUCUUCUCUUCAAACGACAAUACUCCCAACAAUGUGCACAAGUUCGACCGAUACCUGCAUCCUGGUCGCAGUGCUAUCGCCACAUGGAUUGGUCCUCUAACCUGGGGCGCAGUUCCUGUCCUUGUUUUCAGGAACAAGCCCGUCCAGGACCCAGAGGUCCUCGAUUCCGCGGACGAUAACCAGCCUGACAUCGCUCAUCUGGAGCUAAUUGGUUCCGGUACUGUGGUGGCCCCAGACCAAUCUCGAGUCAUCGCAAAGCGGGCCAUCCUUACGGGCCAUCCAUUUAAGAUCCACAAGAAGGUGGUCACAGUGCGGUACAUGUUCUUCAACUCCGAAGAUAUCAGCUGGUUUAAGGCGUUGCAACUAUGGACCAAGCGAGGCCGAAGCGGGUUUAUCAAGGAAAGUCUUGGAACUCACGGUUACUUCAAGGCUACCUUCGACAACAAGCUCAACCCUCAAGACACGAUCGGUAUCAGCUUAUACAAGCGCGUGUUUCCCCGGAAGUCGCGCGCCUUGGAGGAUGUCAUUGGCUGA